UCAUAUUUUUUUUGAUCAAAAUAUGUCUUCCUCAAAAUUAAUCUCUUGUCUAUUUUUCCUUUCAUCCAUUGCAAUAGUGAUAUCCACAGAUCCAUUAUUCCAUUUUUGUUCAAACCAUGAAAAUUUCACAGCCAAUAGUUACUAUGCACAAAAUUUAAAAAAUCUCUUAGGUGAUCUCUACUUGAAAACACCUCCAACAGGGUUCUCAACAAGCUCAAUUGGGCAAAAUCAUGAUCAAACAAAUGGACUUUCUCUAUGUCGCGGCGAUGUUACAAGCAACAAUUGCAAGUCUUGUGUAUUAGAUGCUAGUGAAGAACUUGGAAAACGUUGUCCUUACGAUAAAGAAGCUAUAAUAUGGUAUGAUAAUUGUCUCUUGAAAUAUUCUGAUAAAGAUUUCUUAGGAAAUAUCGAUAACACGUACAAGUUUUACAUGUGGAAUGUUCGCGUUGUGAGUAAUCCUGAAUAUUUCAAUGCAAAAACUAAGGAAUUGUUGGGAAGCUUGAGUGAAAAUGCUUAUAAAACGACGAAUUUGUAUGCAAUUGGAGAAAUGGAGAUUGAAGAAAAUAAGAAAUUGUAUGGAUUGGUUCAAUGUACAAGAGAUCUUUCAAAUGAGGAUUGUAAGAAGUGUGUUGAUGGUAUUAUUAAUGAAAUUCCAAGUUGUUGUGAUGGAAAAGAAGGUGGAAGAGUUGUUAGUGGAAGUUGUAACUUUAGAUAUGAAAUAUACCCUUUUGUUAAUAUUCCUUAGAACUUAGAAACUAUAUGAUAUAUGUUAUAAUAUGUAACUAAAAUUCCUAUAUUGAUAUAAUUUGAGUAUGUUUGGUGAAUAAAGAAUGGACAAUUAUGUUUUUCUA